AUGCCGCUUCUUCAAUUUGCCCAAGAAAUUUUCGCUUCAAGCUCUCAUUUCUCAACGAUUCGAAUACUAAAACUGCUCCUCCUGUUGCUGUUCAAUUUCGCACAAGCUUCUCGAGAUUACUGUGCCAAUGAGACGGAUAUCAUCGACCAUAUCUUGUACGACACAACGGUUCAUUACAAUCGCCACAAAACGCCGAACGAUCCGGUGGAGGUGCGGAUUGAAUUAUGGGUGCAGGAAGUGACGUCAGUGUCGGAGAUGACGCAGGAUUUCGAAAUUGGUGAGCGUUUUGGCCAUACAAAUAUUUUUUUUUAUUUUUUUGGCUUGAAGUUUAGUCUGUCGGGAAAGUAAUGAGCACAAUGUCGCAGCGCCGAUCGUGUCGCUGAAGUGAAAAGCAAAUUGAUUUUUGUCAUUGUUAAUUCAUUUUCGCGGCUUCGAUGUAAUUUUCGAUCCGACAGAGUGCUCAUUAUUUUCCCGACAGAGCUAUAAGAAUACUCAAGAGUUUGCCCACUUAAAUCUCGAGACUCUUGCAAAAGUUCGCCGUUUUCGUCUCCGCAAAUUGGAGAGUUCCGAUGUGGCGACGCGUAAAAUUAUGCAAAAUGGGAGGAUGUGGGUUUCCGCCGGCGAAAGUGUCCACUAAACGUAGAAUUUCCAUAGUUUUAGGAAAAAAAUAGUCUCGAAAUUACAAAAAAGAACAGCCGAUAAAUCUAUUUACAACAACCGUCAAAGCGUUAAACACCGAUAAUGAUUACCUUGACGGAAUUUAUGCAUAAAAAAUAUUGCUUUAUUAUAAAAAAGAUCAGAGAAAAAAUCCAACGCCGACGUUAGAACCAUCUGCACUUCGUCAGUUUAAUUAAUGCUGCCACCAUUAUUGAACGAAUAUGCCGCGGUGAACACGUGAUCCACGUUAUCCAAGCUCACUUCCCACGGACAGAAAUAGCCUUCAAUUUUAAAGCAUACGGCAUUUGUUUCCCCGGUUAUGAGGCUUUUGGAUAAGAGGCCCCGCUGUUUCAGCCAAUUCAGUGACGCAGCUGAAGUUAGGUGCUUGAGUUGACUGAAAGUUGCUCAUUUCCAAAGGUUCGGAUGAUGUUGUCCAGGUACUCUUCAUCCAUUUCGGGGAGAUCUUGAUGACUGUAAGAGAGAAACGUUCGUAUGUGCUGAAAAGACUUCAAUUUUAAAGCAUACGGCAUUUGUUUCACCGGUUAUGAGGCUUUUGGACAAGAGGCCCCGCUGUUUCAGCCAAUUCAGUGAAGCAGCUGAAGUUAGGUGCUUCGGGUUGACUGAAAGUUGCUCAUUUCCAAAGGUUAGGAUGAUGUUAUCUAGGGACUCUUCAUCCAUUUCGGGGGAGAUCUUGAUCACUGUAAGAGAGAAACGUUCGUAUGUGCUGAAAAGACUUGUUUUAAUCAGAUUCCCUGUUUUCAGUAUAUGCGUCGGCUGCCCGCAAGGAGCAACAGGCGCGAAGAAAAAUUUUGGAAACUUUUACCUUCUCAUUUCAAACUCUACAAUCACUAAUAUAACAAUACUUUUUUCACUUAUGAGUAAUCAAAUUUCAAAAAGGAAAAAAUAAAACUUUCAGCUUAUCUUCUUGAUGGCGUAUUUUACCAAGCCUUAUAAUCAUUCAUCUGGAGUCUAAAAUCUUAUAAUUUAUUUUUUCAUCUCAAAAAUACCCCUUUUAGAUCUCUAUGUCAAUGAAUUUUGGGAGGACCCCGCUCUGGCCUACGAUUACAUGAGGCCAUGUAAAAUGAAUCUAUCUUUUGACCACACCAUGAUGAAUACAAUUUGGAUCCCGAACACCGCAUUUAUCAAUUCGAAAAGCGCUCAAAUCCACAGCUCGCCAUUUCGGAAUGUGUUUUUGAUGAUCUUCCCGAACGGCUCAAUCUGGUCUUGCUGGAGAAUCAAGAGCAGAGGACCUUGUUUGUUGGAUCUGUAUCAGGUAGAACUGUUUUUAGUUUGUGUUUUAGUAUUUAGAAUAAUUGAAAAAAAGGUCGAUGAAUUUCACUGUGCAAAAAAGGUGGAUCAAAAAUUUGCACCGUGCAAUAAAUUUUGUCGAAAUUUUUCCACGGUGCAAAAAAAAUAAAACUGAAUUUUUUUUCUCACUGUAUGAAAAAAAGUCGAAAAAAAACUCGAUUGAAAUUUGUGCAUUGUGCGAAAAAAGAAAAGCGAAAGUUUUCUGCACUGUGCGAAAAAAUCGAAAAAAAUUUUUUGCACCGUGCAAGAAAAAAAAAUCAAUAAUAGUUUUUGCACUGUGCAUGAAAUCGAUCAAAAUUUUUUGCACUGUGCAAAUUAAAAAUUCUUCUUUUCAGUUUCCCAUGGACAAGAUAACUUGUUUCUUGACCUUCGAAUCCUACAAUUACAAUCGAAAUUUGGUCAGGAUGAUGUGGAAUGCCCCUUCAGCGGUGCUUCUUUAUAAGGACAUUGAAUUGCCCGACUUUUCAUUGACAAAUUACACUUGGAACAUUAUCGAGAAGGUAAGCGAGACACGAUGAUUCAGUUCGUAUUUUACAACUCAUAUUUUUCAGCAAUACGCUGCUGGCGUUUGGGAUGAACUUUCUGUUCAUUUCGCGUUCAAACGACGCUAUGGUUGGUAUCUUCUGCAAGGCUAUAUUCCAACAUACCUCACAAUUUUCAUAUCGUGGAUUCCGUUUUAUUUGGGCCCCAGGGCGAUCCCAGCCAGAACAAUGAUUGGCGUGGUAAGAGGGGAACUUUUUAGGUUUUUUUUGGCUUUUGCACAAUGCGUGAAAAAUAAGUUUGAUGCAUUUAUUAUAUUUUUAACCGCACUGUGCAAUUGCACAGUGCAAAAAAAGUUUUGAUUGCACUGUGCAAAAGCGACAAAUUUUGCACAAUGCGGCGCGACAAACCUUGGGUUUUUUGUUUUUGCACUGUGCAGCCAGAAAAUUAUGAUUAUCGCACUGUGCCAAAGCGACAAAGUUUGCACAGUGCAAACGUAAGUGUUAUUUUUUGCCGCACUGUGCGCUGAGAAAAAAGCUUUUGUUUUUUGCACCGUGCAAAGAGAAAAAUUUUUGCACUGUGCGAAAAAAUGUUUGCACUGUGCAAAAGCGACAAAUUUUGCACAGUGCGGCGCGAUAAACCUUGGGUUUUUAGUUUUUGCACUGUGCAGCCAUAAAAUUUAGAUUAUUGCACUGUGCAAUCAGAAAUUGUUAUUUUUUGCCGCACUGUGCGCCGAGAAAAAAGCCUUUGUUUUUUUGCACCGUGCAAAGAGAAAAAUUUCUGCACUGUGCGAAAAAAUGUUUGCACUGUGCAGCAAAAAAAUUUCGAAAAGUGCACAGUGCGGAAAGAUGAAGAAUUCUAUAAAAAUCGGCGUACUAAGCACCAGAACAACACCACGAACGCCUAAAGGCCAACUUUACACCUCGUACUACAUAGUAUCAGAUAGUAAGCACCAAGUCUUUAAAACGUGUUUUUGAAGAGUGCUAAGCAUCAAAACAACACCAUUAACGUCAAAAGCCAUAUUUUGACCUCGUACUAUAUAGUAUCAGAAUAGUAAUGUAUAGUACUAGAGGAAAAAUGAACAUGAUUUUCGAAACCAGCACCUUCGAAAUCCCCUAAAUCCAGUAUUUUUCGAAUUGUCGCAAACCAUAUAGUGCACAGUGCGUUAAUGAUUUUUUUUUUUUUUUUUUUUUUUUUUUUUUUUUUUAAUUUUUUGCGGAAAAUUGCUGACAUAAUAGCAAAAUUCCAGAACGCUCUUCUCGCUAUGACUUUCCAAUUCGGCAAUGUGAUCCGAAACUUGCCACGGGUCAAUUACAUCAAAGUCAUCGAUUGGUGGGUCCUGUCCGGGAUGUCGUUCGUUUUUGGCUCUUUGAUCGAGUUGGCCGUGAUUGGAUUCAAAAUGAGGAAUGAGGGAAAUUCGCUGAAGAUCAAGGAUUUGAGCAAAAAACGCAAAUUUAAGAAGAAAACGGCAGUGGUAAUACGAUGCGAAAGGUUGGAUUUGAUGUCAAGGUACCUGUUUCCGUGUAAGUCGACUUUUAGUUUUGUUUUGUUUUUGAAAAAAAUUUGGUGGAAAUUUUGGAUUUUUAAACCGAAAAAGUAGAGAAAAAACCGCACUGUGCGGUGAUUUUAUCGCACUGUGCAAUAAAUUUUUUUUGCACUGUGCAUUUUGCAUUGUUUUUUUUAAUUUCAUCGCACAGUGCAAUAAAAUUUUUUUGCACUGUGCGAUACAAAAAAAAACUUUUGCACAGUGCGACGAUUUUAUCGCACAGUCCAAUGAAAUUUUUCGCACAAUGCAAUAAAAUUUUUUUGCACUGUGCGAUACAAAAAAAAACUUUUGCACAGUGCGACGACUUUAUCGCACAGUGCAAUGAAAUUUUUUCGCACAGUGCAAUAAAAAUUUUUUUGCACUGUGCGAUACAAAAAAAAGCUUUUGCACAGUGCGCCGCAGAAAUUUGCACAGUGCGACGAUUUUAUCGCACAGUGCAAUGAAAUUUUUUCGCACUGUGCGAUAAAAAAUUUUUGCACUGUGCGAUACAAAAAAAAAUUUUGCACAGUGCGUAGCAAAAAUUGCACUGUGCGACGAGCCUUCUAACCGUGCAAUAAAAAAACUAUAAUUUUUCAAAAAAAAUUACUACUAAAAAGCGCAAUUUCAGUGAUGUUUACGUUGUUCAAUCUUGUCUACUGGGGUCGAAUGAUCAUCAACAACGAGUUCUAG